AUGGACUCUGAUGCUGGUGGGCAAGAAGAAUACCAGUUAAUUGAGGAGAAUGGUAUAAUUGAUAGCGGGAAUAAAAAAGCUCUUGCAAGCGAUGAAGACGGUGAAGAAAGAUUAGGCCUUCCUAGAGCAACGGGGACUUUGGAUGUAAAUGGCCUACAAAGUAAAGGUGAGCAAGAAAUCAAAAGUCCACCUGGAUAUAGGUCCAUGGAUCCAGGAAAGCCCAAAAUCUCUGAUUUGGACGGUGUAAACAGGAUUAUAAGGUCGACGUCUUUGGAUGAGCCGAUUCAAUUCACUAGAGUUUCUUCAUCGUCUGCACUUAGUACGAGCUCUUCUGAGAGAACAGAUGGCAUCAUGAAUGAAGAUUCUCAGCGAAUCAUGGAGAAUGAGCUUUCGAGGUCAGAAAACGCCGCCAACUCGCAUAUACAACGUGACCAAGAACAAUCCACUAUCGGCGACAAGACGAAUUCCACCAUACGGGUUUCUGACCAUUAUCAGCGUGACCAAUCACGGACAGUAAGUCUAUCUGCUGUUACUCCUGUGAGUAAUGGUCCCAGUACGGAGACAGACUAUCGCGCUUUGCAACACGACAGUCAGCUCUAUAAUGUAAGAGAAACCUCUACAAGUCCUGUGCACCAUCAGGAGGAUCAACAGCCUGUCUCCCGUGAUGAGGGCACUGUACUGGAUUCUAUACCGAACGUUAUUUCAGGAGCAAACAAUACAUUCAAGAAACAGUCUUCAUUAGCCGAGAAUUCAAAUGAGAGCGGACAAUUUUCGACUCCCAAGUCAGGAUUACCUUCGGCUUUUGCUGUUAGGAACAAAGAGGCUUUCCCUGCCUGGCAACCAACUUUAGGGUCUUCUCCCCUGGCGCAGACUCCGAAGUCACCUUUUAAACAGGUAUCAUCGCCUUUUUCCUCCUCUAAGCUCUUUUCAAGUACUCCAACUGAAAUUUCUGUAAAAAAUGCAGAGGAGAAUAAGAAGAGAAGAAGUGGUGGUAGCAGCAAGGUGAAGGGCGUAUUUUCAUCGUUCAUGCAAAAUAUGAAAAGGAGUUCUCAAAGUGAGAAGCGUAGAUCUAGUGGGGGCGUUAAAAUCUCUUCCCCAUACAACGCGAAGCAUGUUCAUCACGUCGGUGUUGAUAGCAAAACUGGUGAGUACACAGGGCUGCCUGAAGAAUGGGAAAAAAUGCUAGCAUCCAGCGGUAUAUCGAAGAAGGAGCAGCAGCAACAUCCUCAAGCAGUUAUUGAUAUUGUUAGGUUCUAUCAGGACGUGACUGAAAACAAUGGCGAAGACAAGGUUUUUAAAACCUUCAAUGUCGGAAAUUAUGCAAAGAAUUUCUCAAGCUCUUCUUCAUUCGCAACACCUGCGUCUUCGUCCGUACCUAAGUUGGAGGGUGGAUUACCUGCGAUUGGAACUAGUGAUUCUUCGACCUCCUUGGCACAAGGAGAAAAUGAAUUCCUGAAUGAUACUUUAAGAUCACCUCUGAACUUCGCAGAAAAUUCAAGAUCUCCGCAAGUAAAUCAAAACGAGAAGUAUUUACCCAGCCGCCCUGCUCCAAAGCCGCCAACCAGCUUGAAAGAUGAUGUCAGCUCACCAUUAGCUUUUUCUUCACCAUCAAAUUCCAGCCCAAAUAUCAAACGCGCGGGUAGUUUGACCUCAGGAUUCAGAUCUCUUUCAAGAAAGGGUACUGUUUCAAAAGAGAAGCAAUCCUUACCCGCUUUGCCGACUUCAUCUGGGGCAAAUGUGAAGCGAGAUGCAAGCGUUAACAAGGUGUCUUCGCCUGUUAGAGCCGCUCCUCCUCCUCCGCCAAUUUCUAAAGAUGAGAGCAAAAGCACAGCUGACACCGGCAAAGAAGUUCAGAAUUCUGCAGAAAAGAAGAGGGAGGAUAGAAGAAGGAAGAUACAACAAUUAUACGCUAAACUUGGUGAAAUUUGCACUGAGGGCGAUCCUAGUGUCAUUUACAAGGACUUAGUCAAAAUAGGCCAGGGUGCCUCCGGAGGUGUAUACACAGCGUAUGAGGUGGGAACCAACGCUUCGGUUGCUAUCAAACAAAUGAGCCUUGAGAAACAACCAAAGAAAGAACUCAUAAUUAAUGAGAUUUUGGUUAUGAAGGCCAGUAAGCACGAAAAUAUCGUCAAUUUUAUUGAUUCUUAUCUGCUGAAGGGUGACCUUUGGGUUGUGAUGGAGUACAUGGAGGGAGGUUCUUUGACUGAUGUCGUCACACAUUGCAUAUUGACAGAAGGGCAGAUAGGCGCGGUUUGUAGGGAAACGUUAAAGGGUCUCCAAUUUCUGCAUUCCAAGGGAGUUAUACAUCGGGACAUCAAAUCUGAUAAUAUUCUUCUUUCUUUGAGCGGCAACAUCAAGCUUACUGAUUUCGGAUUCUGUGCACAGAUUAAUGAGAUUAAUCUGAAGAGAACGACAAUGGUGGGGACACCUUAUUGGAUGGCCCCUGAGGUCGUUUCGCGAAAGGAAUAUGGACCGAAAGUGGAUAUCUGGUCGUUGGGAAUAAUGAUCAUAGAGAUGAUCGAGGGCGAACCCCCCUACCUAAAUGAAACACCGCUUAGAGCGUUGUAUCUCAUCGCAACGAACGGAACACCAAAUCUGAAGGACCCCGAGAGCCUCAGUAGUAAUUUGAAAAGCUUCCUGAAUUGGUGUCUUCAAGUAAAUCCUGAUGAAAGAGCUGCCGCUGACGAACUCUUGAAGGAUCCAUUCGUGGAAACGUAUGCUGAUCCUAAUAGUUCUCUAGCUCCGUUGGUGAAGCUCGCUCGAAUGAAAAGACUGGCGGAGAAAAUGGAGAAUGAUGAUGAAGAGACUGAUGAAGAACGCUAA